UCAUUGUACGAAUGAUCUCCAGCGUCUAUGAAAAUAAUUAAAAGCUGCAGCGGGAGGGACUCAAAGAAUAAGCAAGAAGGAAGGGAAAGGCCUUGACUCCAUUAAAACCGAGCUCUCGGAACUCCCAUCCGGCCGCUGUGCUCCGUGCUUCCCAAGGCUACCGCUUUUUCCUUUUUUUUUUUUUUUAAUGUUUUGCUUCCCAGAGGAAACGCCACACGAGAGAGAGAGAGAGAGAGAGAGUGUGUGUGUGUGUGUCAGUCGGAAACUUUCAAAGUUUGAAGAGAUUGGAGUGACCGAGGAGGAUGUUUCUCGCCACCCAAACGAUUUCCUUGAGGCUAGAGCACUGUCAGCAUCAGCAGGAUUAGCAGAUCUUUUUCCCUUAUCAUCGCAAUCUCUUGUCCCGGCCCGUUGUCAUCUCACGGUCGACGAACUGCGUGGUGCUGGAACCGAGAUUUUGUAGCCGCUGGUAGCUGCGAAGCGGAAGUCGAGAUCCUCGGGGAUUUCUCGUGGAUAUUUUUUUCUUAUCCCUCGUAGAUUUUUCAUAUUUUUCGUAUGUUUUAGAUAGUUGAGUUUUCGGUUCAAAGAAUCAGUCGGCUCGUAGCCUCAUUCUAUCCUUUUUAUCUAUAGAGAGAGAAAAAAAAAGUAGAAGGAAGAGAGGGAGCUCUGGAAGUACUCGAUCAAAGUACUUCUCGAGCAUUUUUAACGCAGUAAGCAGAGUCGUAUUGAUGUGAAUCAGCAUUAGAAGAGAAAAAGGCGACAUCUUUCUUGAGGAUGGAGCGAUCUUUCUGAGUUGAUGCGCUUCCACCACAAAAAAGAACAAAAAAAACGUAGGGGAAAGGUGGGGGUUGGGGAAGAAGCGAGAAAACGGAGGGUUCACAUCAAGAACAUUAAAAGAUCGAGAAAGUCCCUCGUCUCCAAAGCCAAAAAGCCUUCCUUUAAAGCAGAGCGAGGCAGGAAGGAAAGGGGUGCAAUAAAAUGUCUCAUAAGGAAGCCAACCGAGGACGCUUUAGAACCAAGACAGGGUAGGCGUUUCCACGCUGUUGCUAUCCACUGAACGCCUCCCUUUUCAAUCCGAAGCUUGCGUUUUGAGAGACCGGCAUACUCUAAUGCCGAAGGUCUCGAACAAGUGGCCGAGACCGAGCCAGUCCUCUCUCCAGAGGCGGGUGCUGCGUCAUCCGGGACGGAUAUGGGUGCUCCUGAUUCUCGGAUCCCUUACGUUAAAUCUGGUCAUGAUAGCCCUACUCGCCUCGCUAUAUGAGGGCGAGGGAACUCCCAGUUGCAAGGCAGAGAGGAGCAUCCUUGUAGCGGAGGAGAAGAAGUCGGUCGUGGCUGCGCCGCAGCAGCAGUCAACAGCGGAGGAGCUGGUGUCGGCGGAGGAGAUUAGCGUGAGCUCCACAUCCGGAAAGCGCCCUGCCUCGAAGGAUGCCAUCAUUAAUCUCGACCAUGGGGAUCCAACCAUGUUCGAGUCCUUCUGGAAGGAGAUGGGAGAGCACGGGGACAUCAUCAUCCCUGGGUGGCAGGCCAUGAGCUACUUCUCCGAUGUUACCAACUUGUGCUGGUUCUUGGAGCCCGAGUUUGCCCAUGAAGUACGGCGCCUCCAUAACCUCGUCGGCAAUGCUGUAGCUGAUGGCCACUUUAUCAUCGUUGGGACUGGUUCCACUCAACUCUUUCAGGCUGCUCUAUAUGCUUUAUCUCCCCCAGAUGCGCCCGAGCCAAUGAGCGUCGUUUCUGCAGUUCCAUACUAUUCGUCAUAUCCAGCAGUCACGGAUUACCUCCAGUCAGGGCUAUACCGGUGGGCUGGGGAUGCAUCCAUGUUCGAUGGUGAUGCUUACAUAGAGUUGGUUUGCUCCCCGAAUAAUCCUGAUGGCUCCAAUAGGGAAGCAGUCCUGAAGUCUAGGAACGGAAAGACAAUCCAUGACCUAGCUUACUACUGGCCUCAGUACACUCCAAUCACUGAUGCGGCAGACCAUGAUAUUAUGCUGUUUACUGUGUCAAAAAGCACUGGUCAUGCUGGGACUCGACUCGGGUGGGCUCUAGUAAAAGACAAGAAUGUUGCGAAGAGGAUGAUCAAGUUUAUAGAGCUAAAUACCAUUGGGGUGUCAAAGGACUCACAGCUCCGUGCAGCAAAGAUCCUUAAAGCAGUCUCAGAUGGUUAUGAGCUUCCAGUCUCUCAGAACAACCACAGGUUGUUUGAUUUUGGUCGACAGCUUCUGUCAAUCAGGUGGCAGAUGUUGCAAGAAGCAGUGAAGGCGUCUGACAUCUUUAGUCUACCUGAUUUCCCAUUGGCCCUCUGCAAGUUCACUGGGGAGAAGACUGGUACCUACCCUGGUAUGCUACUUAUGUACCAGAAAAUGUGCAUAUUUUCCUUCCAAAAUUUGAAGCUAAAGGUAUGUUCGCUAUCACAAUUAAAUCGAUAUAAACUAGAAGGGGGCUGGUGGAACAUCUGUGAAACCAAUUUGUUGCUUACUAUUCCUAUGAAUUCAAGAACAACAAAUCUGGCCUUCAUAAUGUAUCUGAAGAAGAUACAGAACUCUCCUAGCAGCCCCAGCAUACAAUGUUAGAUAGAGGCUCUACAUCUUUGGCCAAGGUGAAAAUUGCAGUCAUUAGUAUUCACUACAAAAAGAUAGGGAGUCAUUCCAAGUGUAUAUCUUAGUGUUUUUGUCAAAUCCCAACAAAGCCUUUCCGGGUUUGCUUGUUGUUCAUCGUCACAUCUCUUUUGUGCUAAUGCAUCCUGUGAUAUUCAUUUCUUUUUCUUGUGGUUGAUACCCAUAAUGCUUAACGCCACAUCUUUGUUGUGUGUUGUAUAGCUUUUGCGUGGCUCAAAUGUGAAAAGGUGGAAGUCGAAGACUGUGAAGGCUUCUUAAGGAAGCACAACAUACUUACUCGGAGCGGCAGGCAUUUCGGUGUGGAACCAAAGUACGUGAGGAUAAGCAUGUUGGAUCGCGAUG